UUUUCUGCCGUUCACCAGAUGGUGCCACUGUAGGCUUAUUUGGAUUGUAGAUAAACAGUCUUGUGGUGAACAGGGCCACCGGGCUUAGAUUACAUAGCAAGUUCAUAAUUCGCCUUUAACCUGUGGCUGACAUCAGUCUGCUUGUCUCCUAUUGAAUAUCAACGUACAGACCUGUGAUAGCGAUUUGUCAGAGCAGAGAGGAGCGAAAAGCAGAGAGUUUGCACCAGCGUAGGGUGGGCGGAGCCUUUUUCCCUGCGUGCUGUCAUCACAGGAGAAGGGUGCUGGAUGGAUAUCGCUAUGGUCAGAGCUACUUCAGUCUGGAGGCUGAGACCGAAAGAGUGAGAUGUGAGACCGACUAGGACUGAUACUGCUGGUUUUACCCCCCCCCCCCCCCAAAAGGAUAACUAACAGCGUUACCAAUCUCGCGACCCUGGUCAGGACACCGCUCACAUUGCAAGAUCCAACUACUCCAGCUGUCAUUCUGCAUUGGCGGCACGCUGUGAGAAAAGACUCCACUCUGCUGUGCCUCAGCGCUCCUCAGACACUUGUCCUUGACAUCCAAAUGCUGUGUGUCGAACGUCGUGCCAGCCGCCUUCUAUGAGUUAUGACGACGGCUGCUUCAUUGACUCAGGAAAGAGGCUCCUCCUCCACUCACCAGUGAGCAUAUCACAUCAUGUAAUGAAGGGUCCUGAAAGUCUGCUCUUCGAGGAGUCUGCCAGCAGGAUAUGAGUAUUUUGAGCCCUGUGACGGAUAACAAAUCAAAUCUUGAGGGAAUUGUGGGAGGCCCGGAAGAAUACUCCAGAGCCAUGCAGUCAGAGGAGCUAUUCAGCAGGAAACUCAAAGCACUGAAUGGUAGCAUGGGACCACCAACCUCCAACAUGCAAGGGAAACCUGAUGGUUCAGGCAAAACAAAUGGUACUCCAGCCAUGCCUAAAAUGGGUGUCAGGGCCAGGGUGACAGAAUGGCCACCAAGGACAGAUGGAUGGGAUGGACGGCCUUCACCAAACUAUCAGAGUGUGAUACCAGUAUUUCAGAAUGGCCAACAGGACCAUACUGUGAAAAUACUGGAGCAUGGUGAAGCAGUUUGUCUGGAAGUAGACUACUCAGACAAAUACACACUGAGUGACCUCCUUAGCCACUCCCCGCUGAAGGGUCUCCACCCUAUCCGUCAACGCAGCAACAGCGAUGUCACCAUAAGUGACAUUGACUCUGAAGACAUAAUGGACCAGAACGCUGUCAAUCCAAACACUGGGGCCUCAUUGCACCGUGAGUACGGCAGCACAUCCUCCAUUGAUCGUCAGGGCCUGAGUGGGGAUGGCUUCUUCACCAUGCUUAGAGGCUACCGAGUGGACACCCUGGACCACCGUAGCAUACCACCUCUGGGGUUCCCGGAGUUGUUGCGCUGUGAUGCCUCCCUCUCCCCCAGCCUGCAGACAGCAGCCCAGAUUGCCCGUGGUGAGAUAGUCCAGAUUCCAGGCUUUGACUAUAUAGACAACUCUAUCCUCUACAGCCGGGAGCGGGAGAAGUCCUUCAUGAGGCGUCUCAAAUCGGAAUCAUCUGAAACGUCUCUGUUCAGGAAACUGCGGACCAUAAAGAGCGAGAGCGACGCCUUGCGGCUCUCAAUAGAGGAUGAUCGGCGACCGCUCAGCUUCCAAAAAUGCUUUGCCCACUACGACGUCCAGAGUGUUCUUUUUAACAUCAGUGAGGCAGUGGCAAGCAGAGCUAACCUGAGCCAGAGGAAGAACACAACUACUGGGGCUUCAGCUGCCUCAGCCGGAGCCGGCAGUGGAGCUGGUGGAGGGGCUGGAGGUGGAGGUGGAGUUGGAGCUGGGCCUGGACCAGGGGCAGAUGGUGGAGGAGCAGCAGGAUGUAGCAGUGGAAAUGCCCCCAUGUUUGAGUCUCCACUAGGCAGCAGGGAGGACUUGAACCCCAAGGAAAAUCUGGAUGCCGAUGAGGGGGAUGGGAAGAGUAACAACUUAGUGCUGAGCUGCCCACACUUUCGCAAUGAGAUUGGUGGUGAGGGCGAGAGGAAGAUCUCCCUCUCCAGAGCCAACAGUACCAACUACAGUGGUGUGUCAGAGAGCUGCUCUUUUGAAUCAUCUUUAAGUUCCCACUGCACCAAUGCAGGUGUCUCUGUACUGGAGGUGCCUCGAGAAAACCAGCCAAUCCACAGGGAGAAGGUCAAACGCUACAUCAUCGAACACAUUGACCUUGGAGCAUACUACUACCACAAGUACUUCUAUGGGAAAGAACAUCAAAACUAUUUUGGGGUAGAUGACAAUCUGGGACCUGUGGCAGUCAGCAUCCGCAGGGAGAAAUUGGACGACGGAAAAGAGAAAGAUGGAAUGCAGUACAACUAUCGGGUCACCUUCAGAACCAGUCAGCUGACCACACUCCGUGGAGCCAUCCUGGAGGAUGCCAUUCCAUCCACAGCGAGACAUGGGACGGCCCGUGGCCUGCCGCUAAAGGAGGUGCUUGAGUACGUCAUCCCUGAGCUUAAUAUCCAGUGUCUGAGGCUGGCCCUCAACUCCCCCAAGGUCCCGGAGCAGCUUCUGAAGCUGGAUGAGCAAGGGCUAAGCUUCCAGCACAAGGUGGGAGUGCUUUACUGCAAGGCAGGCCAGAGCACAGAAGAAGAGAUGUACAACAAUGAGAGUGCUGGCCCGGCACUUGAUGAGUUUUUGGAUCUGCUCGGCCAGAGGGUGCGGCUCAAAGGCUUCACCAAGUACAGAGCUCAGCUGGACAACAAGACCGACUCCACAGGCACACACUCUCUCUACACCACCUAUAAGGACUACGAGCUGAUGUUUCAUGUGUCCACCAUGCUCCCUUACACGCCCAACAACAGACAGCAGUUAUUAAGGAAGAGGCACAUUGGCAAUGAUAUCGUCACCAUAGUAUUUCAGGAGCCCGGGGCCCUUCCUUUCACUCCAAAAAACAUCCGCUCUCAUUUCCAACAUGUGUUUGUCAUCGUCAAAGUCCACAACCCCUGCACUGAUAACGUCUGCUACAGCGUGGCCGUGUCCAGAUCUAAAGACGUGCCUCCAUUCGGGCCCCCUAUUCCGAAGUCUGUAACUUUCCCAAAGUCAGCAGUUUUCAGGGACUUCCUGCUUGCCAAGGUCAUCAAUGGAGAAAAUGCUGCACACAAGUCAGAGAAGUUCCGAGCCAUGGCGACUCGAACGCGGCAGGAGUACCUGAAAGACCUGGCAGAGAACUUUGUUAGUACUGCAACUAUUGACUCCGCUGUAAAAUUCAGCUUCAUCACCCUCGGAGCCAAGAAGAAGGAGAAGGUGAAACCCAGGAAGGAUGCACAUCUGUUCAGUGUGGGAGCCAUCACAUGGAGUGUCCGUGCCCGGGACUACAGCCAGACGAUGGACGUGGACUGCUUGCUCGGCAUAUCCAAUGAGUUCAUCGUCCUCAUUGAGGAGGAUUCAAAAAAUGUGGUCUUCAACUGCUCGUGUCGCGAUGUCAUUGGAUGGACCUCAGGGAUUAUGAGCAUUAAGAUUUUCUAUGAGCGUGGGGAGUGUAUCAUGCUGUCGGCCCAUGACAACUGUGGAGAAGACAUCAGGGAGAUGGUGCAAAGACUAGAGAUGGUCACCAGAGGUUGUGAGACAUCAGAGAUGACUUUGCGUCGGAACGGCCUAGGCCAGCUUGGUUUCCAUGUCAACUUUGAAGGCAUCGUGGCCGACGUAGAACCCUUUGGCUUUGCCUGGAAGGCAGGGCUUAGGCAGGGCAGCCGACUGGUGGAGAUCUGCAAGGUGGCUGUCGCUACUCUCACCCAUGAGCAAAUGAUUGACCUACUGCGCACCUCCGUCACUGUCAAAGUGGUCAUAAUCCAGCCUCAUGAAGACGGCACCCCCCGAAGAGAACCAAAAGGCUCCAUCUCGGGUCCUGUGAGUUUUCUCCCAAGGCUCCAACAAAUCAAGAGGGGCUGCUCCGAGCUCUACCGCAUACCCAUGGUAGAGUACAAGGUCGACAGCGAGGGUACACCCUGCGAGUACAAGACACCCUUCAGGAGAAACACCACCUGGCAUCGGGUGCCCACAGCUGCUGGUCCACCUCUGUCCCGAGGCUCACCCACACAGGGCCCUGAUCGCUUACAGUGCCAGCAGAUCCUCCAGCAGCACCAGGCAGCUAUCCCACGAAGCACCUCCUUUGAUAGGAAGUUGCCAGAUGGGUCCAGGACAAUGCAGGAUAUCGAGAACCCCCAGGUCACUUCGUGUAACAAGGGAGACCAGCACUACCGCAGCUCCCCCAGUAACCAGUCCUCAUCCAGUGAUCCAGGACCCUGUGGCAGCAGCACCUGGUCCCAGCAGCCUGGAUAUGAUGGGUGUCCCUCCCCCAUCCUCCAGGACAUCCAAGGGGGAGACGGGGAGAUCCACAGAGAGAGAGAGCCCACUCUUGAGAGGACCAGAUCUGCAGAGGCCAAAUGGCACAUCCCCUCCACCAAGAUCCUGAACCCUCUGAAGCAAAGAGAAGGAGGAAAAGACUCACCCAACAAGCUGUCCAGGACGGGUGAUAAAAACUCAAGCCAUUCAAGUAGCAACACUCUCUCAAGCAACGCCUCCAGCAACAGCGACGAUAAGCAUUUUGGCUCUGGAGACUUGAUGGACCCGGAGAUGCUGGGCCUCACUUACAUCAAAGGGGCGUCUACAGACAGCGGCAUUGACACUAAUCCCUGCGUGGCCCCUGGGGCCCGGGUGUUGCUGCAGGGCAGGAUGGGUGAGCAGGGACACCCCUGGGCGUCAGAGCAUCAUGAAGACGGGGCAUCAGAAGAGGAUCAUGGGAAAAUGUACCUACCACAGGGCUACGCUUCUGCCAUUAUGUCUAGUCAUGUGACGGAGGGCAGCAUUGGCGACCUGAGCGAGAUCUCAUCCCAUUCGAGUGGCUCACACCACUCUGGCAGUCCCCUGGCCCGUGGGGCCAGAUACUGUAUGUCUGCUGACUCCUCCAAGGUGUACACCAUCCCCCAGACCAGCAGUUCAGGGCCAGGGCCAGGGCCAGAGCCAGGGCCAGAGCCAGGGCCGGGGCCUGGGCCCAGCUCAGAGGCCUGUGGACAGACACGGCCAGAGCCCAGUUGCAAUCUCCCAGUGGGCAUGAAGACGACUGAUGAUGGUGAUGAAGCCCACAACACUGAGGGACCUCCCAGCAUUUCAGAGUGUGGAGGAGCGGAGAGCUUGUUAGCCUUCCUUCUCAAAAUGCUGUAUGAGCGUUCAAGGCAGCUGUACGCACAGGAGGCAGCUUGCCAGCUCCAGGCUACUGAGCGGGAUGGAAAAUCCCUGCAGAGACUUUCAAAAGAGGAAUACCUUAAAAUGAUGCUGCCCGACAGCCCUCCAGGAGAAGACAGGAGUCGGAAGUUGUCAGCAGUUGGCACUUUAUCACCGAGACGCUCCCUGUACCGGACACUGUCGGACGAAAGUGUGUGUAGUAACCGUAAGGGUUCGUCCUACACCAGCUCGCAUAGCUCCAUGCUGGACCAAGCCAUGCCUAAUGACAUCCUAUUCAGCACCACCCCACCUUACCACAGCACGCUGCCUCCUCGUAUGAUCCACAACCAGGGAGCAUCCAACCUAAGAAAUGAGUUUUGGUUCUCUGACGGCUCCUUGGCGGACAGGUCCAAGUUCAGCGACCCGGGCCUCAUGCCCCUCCCAGACACUGCCUCGGGCCUGGACUGGUCUCACCUGGUUGACGCAGCACGAGCCUUUGAAGACCAGCGCGUGGCAUCUUUCUGCACUAUGACCGACAUGCAGCGGGCCGAGGCUUUGCAGAUCUCGAGAGAGCUGACCAGACGGGUGGUGGAGGCGGAGGGAGCGGCGCUGGAAGCAGAAAGCUCCCCCUCCACACUAACUGGCAAAGUCAACCAGUUGGAGGUCAUCCUCAGGCAGCUGCAGCAUGACCUCCGAAAAGAGAAAGAGGACAAGGCGAUGUUGCAGGAGGAAGUGCAGCACCUGAGACAGGAUAACAUGCGACUGCAGGAGGAGAGCCAGACCGCUGCGGCUCAGCUCAGGAAGUUCACCGAGUGGUUCUUUCACACCAUCGAUAAGAAACCUUGAGAGAGAGAGAGAGAGAGAGAGAGCGAGAGACCCGCAGAAAGAGAGGGAGAGAGAGCGUGAUGGCCUUCACUCCUCCUGGGCACCCACUCAACUCCUACUUAAGACUCCCAGGUGAUCCACAGGCAAACAAACCUUAAAACAAACCAUUAACAGCCCCCAGAGUAAUCAAGACUCUUUAAAAAGCCCCUACUUAGGAGACUGUCGUGCAGCCCUGUGUGGAGAGACUUGAAACCCUGAUCUGGACCUUAGUUUGGGGAUCCUCCUCUGUCUGAAAUGCAGGGCUGUUUCUGACGUUAACAGUUUCUCCAUAUUGGCAACAGGACUCUUUGGAAACCUCCUCCUAUCUGCCGUUGGAGAGGAAUUGGGAAACGCAACCCCCGGGUCCCUGCCUGAGUCCCUGGGAUCUUCUUAAAGUAGUGGAAUGUAAAGCUCAUUUACUGUAGUCAACAUAUAAUCUACCUACGUAAGUCACGUCAGUCUACUGUACUGUAUGCUCAGCUGUACUGUAUUGUACUGCGCACACUGUCACACAGCUGUUUCUGUGCCAGCCUUCACGGACACAGGAAAGUAGGGAGGGUGAGGCAAGGAGGGAGGAAGGAGGGGAGGAAUGUACUGGACAUAUUAAAGUGGUACUUACUGUCUGCCAGCACCAAGAGGAAUCCACAUGUGGCGGUCUUGAAACUUACAGUGGGGGGGGGGGGUUGAAUGUAGCUCAACUGAGACCCUUUUGUUUUCUCUGGAUUUCUGAUUCCCAAAGUCACAAAGGUUUCAAGGUUUGAUGUUCUGGGCCAUUUUUCUUUGAAAUUAUUCCACUUUUUCUUUUCCUCAGUGUUGUAUUGUAGGGUCACAUGGCAGUAAUUUUGAUGUUUAAAGGUGCUUUUCCCUACACACACGUUUGUCAGUAGUUUCCAUUCACUGUCACAAUGUCCUAGCAAUAACAAAGUGGUAGUUAAGAAACUGUGUUUUAAAAAAAAAAGAAGUUAGCACAAACGUGAAGAGUUCCUGUUGAGAAGCAGUUGUUAUUUGACAUGUAUUUAUAAAACAGGAAGAGACUGUGCCUAAAACUCUUGGUUGUAAAUGGAUUGUUUCUCUUUGCUUUUAGUUGUCUUUUAUAAACACAUGCCUUGUCUGUGGCUCACUGAUACAAAAUCAUGUGUGUGUGUGUGUGUGCGUGUGUGUGUGUGUGUGUGUGCGGGUGUGUGUGUGCAUAGUUUAUCACAGCAAAAUGUGUUCUUAUGCAGUGGUUUCUAGAGCAUUAGAGCAAGCGCCAGUGAACCACACUUACAAUGCCAAAUGUGUUUAUUUCUGUACAUAUAUGCCACAGAAGUGUCUUGUAUUUAACACUAUUAUUUAAGCUUAUUUAACCUAAAGUUGUUUAUUUUAUUAAGGAUAUUUGUUUGGGGUUUUUUUCUGCACUAAGGAGAGAUAAAGCUCUGUGUAUGUUGUAAAGUGUGUAGCUUGCCAGGGCAAAAAAAAAAACUAUAUAUUUAAAUAUAUAAAUGAUGAUUUUGGAGAUUCCAACAUUUGGAUGCUGCUAGAUUACAGUUUGCUGGUUUGUAUGCUUUUAAAAAUGUCUCUCUCCAUAAACUGUCUCAUCCCUGGUGGGACACUGGU